AUGUCUUCCAACCACGCCAUCGUCAUCCAGGGGGCCGGCAAGGCCCAGGUCGUAGAAGCCUCCGUCCCCAAACUUCGUGACGACUACCUCAUCGUCAAAGUCGUUGCCGUCGCCUUGAACCCCACCGACGUCGCCCACAUUGACCUCUUUGCGGUCACAGGGGCACGCGUCGGCUGCGACUACGCCGGCAUCGUCGAGGAGGUCGGCUCCAAGGUCACAAAGGCCUUCAAGAAGGGCGACCGCGUCGCCGGCGUCGCCCACGGCUCCAACGCCGUGUACCAUGAGGACGGCACUUUCGCCGAGUUCAUCACCGUCAAGGGUGACCUGCAGAUCCGCAUCCCGGACAACGUCAGCUUCGAAGAGGCCGCCACCCUCGGCGUCAGCGUGACGACGGUCGGCCAGAGCCUGUACCAGAGUCUCGGCCUGCCCUACUUUGACAAGCCCAGCACCGAGAAGCUGCCCGUCCUCAUCUACGGCGGAAGCACGGCUACGGGAGCCUUGGCUAUCCAGUACGCGAAGCUCUCUGGUCUGCACGUGAUUACGACUGCUUCGCCUCACAACUUUGAGUACCUCAAGAAGUUGGGCGCCGACGUGAUUUUGGAUUACCGCUCCGAGACUGUCGUGGAGGACAUCAAGAAGAGUGCGGGAGGCCAGCUGAAGCAUGCCUUGGACUGCAUAUCUUCAGAAUCGUCUGCAAACAUUAGCGUGAAGGCGAUCGCCGAAGACGGUGGCAAUUACUCCUCGCUGCGGGCCGUAUCGGCGGAGCUUGUCUCCGCGAUCAACAGUCACGUCACGCCAAAGGUGACUCUUGCGUACACGGCUCUCGGCGAGCCGUUCCAGUUUGGCCCCAAGGCCCUGCCGGCGAUCCCGGCGGAUUUGGAAUUUGGCAGCAAGUUUUGGUCUGAUACUGAGCGGCUGCUGGAAGAAGGAAAGGUUGUGGCUCACAAGGCGACUGUGAACGAGGGUGGAAGUGGCCUGGAGGGCGUCCUCAAAGGUCUUGAUCUUGUUAGACAGGGCAAGGUUAGCGGGACAAAGUUGGUUUAUACCCUGUCGCAGUAG